AUGCGUUACAACCAGUUAGAAAUAAAAAACAAAAAUGGUGGGUUUGGUAUUGGAAAUCCAACAGUCAUUGGUUAUAUUAUUCGAUAUGCUAUUCUUAUAUUCCCAAUUGUUAAUAUCCUCAAUGAAUAUCCUCUUGUUUGUUAUACCCUUGCAACAAACAUUUCUUCUACUCUUCCUAAAUCAUAUGGUGGUAAAUGGAGAAAAUAUGCAAUUAUAUCUUGUGCUGUCUUUCCACCAUUUGCUUUAGCUUGUCUUGUUGGGAGCGUUAAAACAAUAGCAAGUUUAACAGGUAUAGUCGCUUUUAUUCUCAGUUAUGUUUUUCCUUGUGCAUUUGUAUUAGCUUCUCGUAGAAUAUCAGUUGCAAGAAAUGGUAUAGAAGCAUUAAAGAAUAGAUUUUAUUCAUGGUAUUCUACAACAACCAUCGUUGUGAUUGUCUUUGUCAUUUGUUCUAUUCUUUCAAUUAUAUCUACAACUUUUGUGUUAUAUAACGUUUUUAAGUCUUUGGUGUGA